AUGCGGCGACCGCAGGGCGCCAAUAGCUGCAACGGCAGCAGCAGCAGCAGCAGCAGCAGCAGGAGAGAGCCUCCCCAGCUGAUUCAAGGGGCGCUUUACGGGGGCGGCCGCUUCGACCCGUGGCUGCUGCUGUCGCAGCUGCUGCUGCUGCUGAGCUGCUUCUAUUUGCUGCUGUGUCUCUUCUCCUUUGUUGCCCUCACGUUGCUGCAGCAGCGUCAGCGGUCGGCACCCGUAGUCCAGCAGCAGCAGCAGCAGCACUCUUUUCGUCAGCCACAGGACAGCCUAGCAGCUGCAGCAGCAACAGCAGCAGCAGCGGCAACGCAUGCGCCGCAGCCACGCCAUGUGUCUUUGCUGUUUAGUAGCGGCAGCAGCUCCACCCCCAAAGAGACAGCAGCUGCGCUGGAUGCGGCUUUGCUGCUGACGGGCGUUGCUCUGUGA